AUGCAGAGGAAGAGCAGCUUCACUGGCCUCCUCAUCACUGCUCUGUUUGCAGUAGCCUCUGGUCUGACUAAACAGUUCUACUAUGUGGAUAAAAAACUGACCUGGCAAGAAGCUCAGAUGUACUGCAGAGAGAAGUACAUUGACCUGGCCUUCAUCACCGACCAGGAGGAAGCAGAGCAGUUAUCCAACAUCUUAAAAUUCAACUGGAUUGGUUUGGCUUGGAUCGGUCUGUACAGAGAUACCAAUGUCUCAACAGAGUGGAAGUGGUCUGGAGGGUGGAACUCAACGUUCAGGUCUUGGAGUAAAGUCCAGCUAAACCAACCUGUUGUCAACCAGGACUGUGUCAGUGUGAAGCAGGGUGAGAUGGCUGCUGGGCUGUGCAAUCAAAUAAACGUUUUCGCGUGCUUUGAUCUGAACGUGGUCCUGGUGCAGGAGAACAAGACAUGGGAGGAGGCUCUGGAGCACUGCAGGGAGAACUACACUGACCUCACCAGCCUGCUGUCUGAGAAUGAGCAGCUCCAGGUCCAGAGAAUGAUGAAUUCAAAGGGGGCCCAGACGGACCAUGUGUGGACCGGUCUACGCUUUUUCAGUGGCUUCUGGCUGUGGGUGAACGGGGAUCCCCUGGAGUACCAGGCCUGGUCCGGGGGGAGGCUGCCCCACUGCCCCGCCCAACGCCUCCGCUGUGGGACCCUGGGCAGAGAGGGAGAGCUUUGGGGAACCAGGGACUGUGAGGAGAGGAGGAACUUCCUCUGUUACGAGUGA